AGGGGUGGGGGGGGGGAGAGCGGCGUCGGGGGCGCGCGUGGCGGCGUCGGGAGCGCGCGGGCAACGGGAGCCCCCAUGGAGCUGCUGCGGACAUGGCUGGGGCACCCCGAGGACAUCUACAACCUGCUGCGCUUCAAGAUGGGCGGCUACCGGGCCGUCAUGCCUCGCAUCGACCCGGACUCGUUGGGACUCGGCCUCCGCACCUGCUACCGCUACCUCAACCAGACCAGCCGCAGCUUCGCCGCUGUCAUCCAGGCCCUGGACGGAGAGCUGCGACAUGCCGUCUGUAUCUUCUACCUAGUUCUGCGUGCCCUGGACACCAUAGAGGAUGACAUGACCAUCAGCUUGGACGUAAAGGUCCCGAUGCUGCACGAGUUUCACUCCUAUCUCUAUCAGCCGGACUGGAAGUACAUGGAGAGCAAGGAGAAGGACCGCCAGGUGCUGGAGGACUUCCCCACGAUCUCCAUGGAGUUCAGGAACCUGUCAAAAGUCUACCAGGAUGUGAUUUCAGACAUUUGUCACAAGAUGGGUGUUGGGAUGGCCGAGUUCUUGGAGAAGAAGGUGGAUUCUCAGCGUGAGUGGGAUAAGUACUGUCACUACGUAGCUGGGCUGGUGGGGAUAGGCCUUUCCCGUCUCUUCUCUGCAUCAGAGCUAGAAGAUCCGAUUGUCGGACAGGACACGGAGCUGGCGAACUCCAUGGGCCUCUUCCUGCAGAAAACCAACAUCAUCCGUGACUAUCUGGAGGACCAGCUGGAGGGAAGGGAGUUCUGGCCCAGAGAGGUUUGGAGCAGAUACGCAAAGAAGCUCUCAGACCUCGCCAAACCAGAGAACAUUGAUAUGGCUGUCCAGUGUCUGAACGAGCUCAUCACCAACGCUCUCCACCAUGUCCCUGAUGUCCUUACGUACCUGUCCCGCCUGAAAAACCAAAGCGUCUUCAACUUCUGCGCGAUCCCCCAGGUGAUGGCCAUCGCCACUCUGGCUGCCUGCUAUAACAACAAGCAGGUGUUCAGAGGCGUAGUGAAGAUCCGGAAGGGACAAGCCGUCACUCUGAUGAUGGAUGCCACGAACAUACAGGCUGUCAAAGCCAUCAUGUACCAGUAUGUGGAAGAGAUCUACCAGAAGAUCCCCAGCACAGACCCUUCGUCCAACAAGACGCAGCAGAUCAUCGCCUCCAUCCGCGCCAUGAGCCUGCCCGGCGGCCCCAUGGCCUCGCGCCACCACUACUCCCCCAUCUACCUGUCAUGUGCCAUGCUGCUGGCCGCCCUCAGCUGGCAGUACCUCAGCACCAUCUCCAAGGCCGCCGAAGAGUACGUCCAGGCGGGCGAGAACUGAAGGGCGGGCAGGCGGUGGGAGAGAAGAGAUGGUCGGCAGACGGGCAGCAGAAGCAGGAGGCUCCUUGUCCCCUGCUGGUGGGGAUGGCCGGGUGCCACCGGGCCCGUGUGCGGUGACAAGGACGGGACACUGGUGGCCUGGAGCCCCCAUGGGGAUGGCGUGGCAUUGCCGGGCUCCGCUCCUCACCUCUCUUGCUGCCUGCGUGGCUGGUUGCAAGCACCAAUCGGAGUCUUACUGUUUGGGGUUGAAUUUGGAUUUUGGUUUUUCCCUCCUUUCCUGUUGGACAGUUUACCUGAUUACUACUGUUUUGUUUCUUCUUUUUUUGGUUAGGAUGGUUGAAAUAGAAACUCCAUUUGCCUCUUUUCUUGCUUGAGAUUUGAGACCCCUUUCCAGCUCGGAGCCACAGGACGGGAGCCUUUUUUGGGUUUGGCCUCCAUUUCUUACACAGCCCCUUUUCCCCACAUGGAGGGCUCAGUGCCAGGAGGCACUGCACUUAGCCAGCAGAAAGCUCUGGCCAUCUUCUGGCCACCAGCCUGGGCUGGAUGCCCUCCUGGCACCUGGAACCAGGUGUGAUCCUCACCUUUCUGUCGUCGUAUUUGAGGAGGCUGCUAGGCUUGAAAUGAGCCCUUUCCUUGCUCAUUGUUGGAGACGUGCUGCUCUGAGCGCUGGAACAUGCACCCAGCCCAAAGCCAGCUCUUGCAGCUCCUUCCUACAGAUGGCACUGUGCGUUGCAAAGUUUUGGGUUUUAUCAGCUGGGGAGGUGGUGAAAGGGAGGGGGAAGGAGUUGCUCUGUGGUAGUAACCCUGAGCCCGAGGUGAGCACAGCCACCCACCUUUGCUGCAUGCUCUGGGCUCUGCACUUUUUGUAGCCCAGAGGGAACCUGGGGUGGCCCAGGCGGGUUUUCCUGGCCCACUUGUCUGCAUCUCAGGGUGCUGCGAGUGAGUCUGAUGUGCAAACUGGAAGAGCUUUCAACUGCUGCUUUGAAACCCAUCAGCCUGGACUUCAAGCAGGCUGCGUUCCUACAGGGAACGCCAGGGGUGGGAAGAGGAAACGACUUUCAAGUCCUGUUUUCCUGGAUUUUUGCUUUCAGUGACCCUAAUCCCUCACUGCUGCUUUGACUGUGUGAUGGGGGGGGGACAGCCUGGGGCAGGACAGAGCAAAGCCUACCCCUACCAGGGGCGUUUGGUGGCCUUUGCAAGGCCAAGCCUGUGUGGCCAGACUGUUACUUGAAGGAAGCAGCCCUACUCCACGAGUACCUAUGUAGAUAGUUUUAAGCUGUUGUUCAAAAAAACUUGCGGUAGCUCCCUUUGUGCAGCUUCCUGUCUUGUUGACAUUAAAGUUUUCUUUGGAAAAAAAAAAAAA